AUGACAUUUCCUACAUUGAACUCACGCGAGGAAGCGGCAAAGAUAUCGUCCUCAAUGGUCAGCGAACUCCGGACUAAGUUCCUGGAAGUGGUGGCAAAGGCUCCGGAACUCUAUUACGACAAAGACGUUGAGAAACUCAAGACAAAUGACUGGUCACUCCAACGGUUCCUAAACCACAGCAAGUCUAAUGUGGAUAAAGCUGUUGAAUGUCUGGACGAAGCCAUGAAGUGGAGGAAGUCGUUCGGUGUCCGCGAGUUAAACGAUAAGGACUUCCCUCGCCUAACUCUACUACUGGACUGUAAGGACUCGGGUGUGAAAAACGCGGACAUGGACUUUAUGAAGUUCGCGCACCGGGUGCUCAACGACUACUACCCGGGUCUGGUGAACGCGGGCCUGAUCUACAAACUGCCCAAAGUUAUGGAAGCCAUCUAUAAACUGGUGAAGUCGUGGCUCAAUGAGGAACAGGAGAAGUUCUGUUACCUCAUCACCCGUAAGACUAUCGGCGAGUAUGCCUCCCCUCAAGAUUUGCCGGACUUCCUGUUGGGCACCAAUCAGGAGCCCUACCGUACGGUACCGGACGGCGCGCCCACCGCUCACGAGUUGGCCGAACGGUUAGGUAUUAAAGUAGAAAAGGCCGACAAACUGGUCAAACAUUUGGAGCCGUUUUAUAAUGAAUGAUCAGGGU